AUGGGUCACAAGUACGAAGCAAACACCUGGGGGGAGCACCGUCUUCGCAGAGCUUCCGAUCUCGGUGAGGUACACCUUGAAGGUGGCCUUUGGGCACCCCGCAGAGGUGGCCGUUCUGGAUGGUGGCCUGCCCCGCUGGAAGGAGCUAGGCCGGUCGGUCAGCGGCCGCUGCCGCCGCCCGGAGGUUAUCCCUUGGAGGAGGGGCUGCCGGAGCCCUCCGCCCCGGCGAAGAUGUGUCGCUGGAGUAAGGUGCCGGAAGCCGUUUGGGACAAGUCGCAGGUUUUGGCGAACAUUCACUCCAAGCAGGCAUUGCACCUGGACGCCCGCCCGGUUGGACGUUUCCACGGGGAGCAACCGGAGCCACGGCCCAAGCUGCGGUGGGGGCACGUUCCAGGAAGUGUGUCCCUGGAGGCAGUGGCCUUGCUGAAGCUGCCGUACAUGCUGAAUCAGAAGGAUUUGCAGCUGGUGGUGGAGGGCGCUGGCAUCAAACUGGAGCACCUCAGGGGCGAUAUCGGCCCCAGGAUCCUGACCUCCUGUGGUUCAGGGAUGACCGCAUGCAUUCUUGGCCUGGGUCUACACCAGCUGGGCAUGCCCCUCUCGCGCUGGUCGGUCUAUGAUGCCUCCUGGUGCGAGUGGGGCGCCGAUCAGGACACCCCUGGGAUCGGAUCCACGGUCUUGCAUGAAGAAAAGAACACCACUGGACGUGAACAUAAGGGCUACACUAAGGGCUACAUAUGCGAGACGCCCAUUGUGAAGCGAGGAGCGGAUGGCGCCGAAGAAGCAGAUAAGCGGGACAUCUACUACCGGGAGGCCAAGAAGGAGGGCUUUCGAGCUCGAUCUGCCUUCAAACUCUUGCAGAUUGAUGACGAGUUGAAGCUCCUCGAAGACAAAACAGUCCGCAACGUGGCGGAUCUUUGUGCUGCACCUGGGGGAUGGAGCCAGGUGCUGGCCUUGCGCCUGGUCUCGGACGAGCGUCCGCCGCCUCGGAUCGUGGCAGUGGACAAGUAUGAAAUGCAACCGCUCACCGGGAGGCUUGUCUUCGUCUCAUGGUCCGCGGUUGGCCGUUGCGGGCCCCGUUGGUCUGGCCAUCCACGUACAAACGACGGUGGUGCACCUGGUGGACUCGGCAGGCUGAAGCCAUCUGUGUUGGUUGCCUGGGUUUGA